CUUCGACAAGCAGCUGCUUUUACCAAACCCCUGCAACUUUUCAGAGAGAACGAGAAAGAGAGAGAGAGAGAGAGAGAUCAUCCAUGGGAACACCCUACUUUCUUCAGGUUCACCUUCACCAGAACUCGUUUCCUUCCUCUUCAUCUCCCCUUCCCGGAUUCUCCUUCUCCCGAUCUUCGAAAUCGAUCGUCGUUUUCGUGUCCUCGCCACCACUCUAAGCUUUCUGAUUCACAGUUUCUUCUUCUUCUCCUCUUCUGAAUCAUUUGUUCUGCGACCACCUAAAACGCAAAUUCUGAGAUGCCCAUUUCGUCUACGUCAUGCUUCAGCUGAUUCCCGCAGUCAAAAUCGCAUCUUGGUGUUUUGCGGCGCUCUCGAGCUUCUACAACUGUUUCCACGUCUUCGUCUCCGAUCGCUCCGCGGAUCUUCGUAACUUUCCCCUCACUGGGCUCUUCUCCGCUUUCUCCAAUCCCAACUUCUUCUUCGUCAGGAUUAUUUGAUCUCCCCCAAAGCUGCAAACUUUACAUAAGACUUCAAAGAUUUAGAGCAUUAGAGAGCGUUUAAAGAGUCUGCUUUUAGCGUUUCCACGGCACAUAAGGUUUAGGGUUAAUUGGUUUUAGAGGUUAUCAUUGGUAUAUAUGAAGAUUAUUUAACAACUGUCUUAAAGAAGGGUUGGGAGAAAUUGAGAAAAUGUGCGAGGAUGAUCAUCAUUUUGUGGAGUGGAAAGAGCAUUUUGUCUCACAGGAGCGAGGGAACCGUGUUGUUCAUUACUUCCUCAAGGACUCUUCCGGUGAAUCCAUCUUAGCUGUGGUUGGAACUGAGAGAAGUGUUAGACACAUGUUCUAUGUCGUCUCUGAGGAUUUUGUGCGUGCAUAUGGUUCCGAGAAUUCGAUCGAUUCCGGUUUCAAAUGGAGGUCCAGAAGAGAAGUUGUGGACUGGCUCACUUCGAUGCUGUCUAAACAAAACACACAAGGGAACUGGUCGAAGUCACCAAAAUGUGAUUCGGGGGAAUCUAAUGGAUCUCCUGAAUUUCCAGGCUAUGGAUUUGCUGCUCAGCGAGCUCAAGCAACUGAAGAGGCCCGGUUUCCCAUAAACUUGAGGGUUCACAAUUGGGAGAUUAUGUGGUCAGGAACGUCCUGGAUGUGUGGUAAACAGCUCAAACAUUACCCAUCAUUCUGUAGGAAUGGGAUAACUAUAGGGGUUCAAUCUUUUGUCUUUGUGAUGAGCAAAGCGGACGACCUGUACGUUGCGUAUCUGGAAGAUAUGUACGAGGACAAGCGUGGCCUAAAAAAGGUCAGAGUGAGGUGGUUCCAUCACACAAAAGAAGUGAAGGGUGCAGUUUCUCUCAAAAACCCACACCCAAAAGAGGUUUUCAUCACCCCUCACUCUCAGGUCAUCAGUGCAGAGUGUGUCGAUGGUCCCGCCACUGUUUUGACCCGUGAGCAUUACGAGGAGUGUAUAGCUUCUUUUCCCAAUUCUUUAUUGGCGAGGGUUCACAUGUGCUACCGGCAACUGAAGAAGAACAAAAUCAAACCUUUUGACUUGAGUAAAUUGCGUGGAUAUCUGGACCAACCGAUAAUGUCUUGCUUAAGUUCUAUGGAGGCUGAUCCUGUAGUCUGUGGGAUGAAUAAAGAGGAAGAUGAACAGUGGAGUGAGGGUGAGAAUGGCGCUGAGAGGAGCAAGAAGAAACAAGCACAUCUGUUAACAAGAUAUGAAUCUUCAUGUAAAAGACUCAAACUUGAUCCCUUAGGGAAAAGCUUUCCUUCCCUAGUCGAUGCUCAUAAAAAUACUUGUUAUAAUGGAGUUACUAAGCCUGAUGCAAAAAUAGAGUUUCUAUGUCAAGAUAGCGGCAUUAGAGGUUGCUGGUUUAGGUGCACUGUCCUGGAAGUAUCAAGAAAACAGGUUAAACUCCAGUAUGAUGAUAUAGAGGACGAAGAUGGAUAUGGAAACCUUGAGGAAUGGGUGCCGUCUUUGAAAUCUGCUAUGCCUGAUAAGCUUGGUAUGAGGUCGUCCAACCGCCCAACAAUCCGCCCUGCUCCUCCUGAUGCUAAAAUAGCAGACUUUGACCCUACAAUUGGUGAAGCAGUUGAUGCAUGGUGGAAUGAUGGUUGGUGGGAAGGUGUUGUAGUUGCCACUGGCAAACCAAACGCUGACGACUUGCAAAUAUAUAUCCCUGGGGAGAACCUAUGCUUAACAGUGCACAGGAAGGAUGUUCGGAUUUCCAGAGACUGGGUGGGAGACAGCUGGGUUGAUAUUGAUCCUAAACCUGAAAUACUCUCUCUUGUAGCUUCUGAUGCUAGCCCGAAAGCCAGGCUUUCCAUGUCCUCCACUCUUGCAAAUGAUGCCAAGGCAAAGCCCAUUGCAAUGGCAGAUAUUGUUGAGGUGGCAAAACUUAGAGGCGAUAAACUGGACCUUUUAGGAGAACAGAACAAAGAGCAUAAAGAUUAUGGGGCUGUUAAGGAGUGUGAUGAAAGCAGACAAGAGGAUAAAGAGAUUGGAAGUAACCAAACUAAUGCCUAUGUCAACAAUGAAAAGACUGUGCAAGACCACAAGGAGGAUGAUGUUACCGUUAAUGAUGAGAAGGUACGCAAAUCAGAAUCAGACUUCACCCUAACAGACACUACUACCACGCUGGUGACAACGUAACGAUGCUUGCUUGAGGUUUAUAUAAUGUUGGUUACACUGGUACGUGCCACAUCUCUGGAAACUUUGGUGUUUCUUUAUGUAUAUAUAUUGACAUAGUUUGCAGACAAAAAGGAAGUGAUUCUUGGUUUGACUUGGUGGGUGCUGAGGAGAGAAGAGUAGGUAAAGGUUGUAUAGAAAAUUGAAGAGGCAUGAUUUGGUAGGAUUAUUUAGGACUUUGGUUAUUUUAGGUUUAAGCAAUGUUGUUAGGGAAAAAAACACACUUCUGCACUUGAUUUUGCCUUCAUUAGAGUUAUGUAUUUACUGGUCAAGGGUCUUUACGACCAAUAAAGCUUGAAUGUAUCGACUUUCAUGUGAGUAAAUAAACUAUUUAACAAAGAAGUUAUGGAAGA